UGACUAGUGAGUACUGAGCAGCGAGAAAAGUGUGUGAUAUAUAUUGGUGAAUGGUGAAUAGUAAUCGUUAAGAAAAUGACAUACCAUAAUAAGCCAUUUCAUAAUAAUCCUGGUUUGUUAGUGAAAAAAUAAGAAAUGUUGAAAGACGUAAAGUAUAGGAAGAAGACAAAAAAGUGACCUAGGUAGAAGGGAAUCAAAACUUGAAAAGAUCCAGUUUGGCAUUUGAUACAUCAGUAAAUCACACAGCACCUCAGCACCUGCAGAGUCCUCAUCAUUGGCAUGGCUGCAACAUCUUCACACACCACAGCACUUUCCUGAUCAGAGAAGAGGAUAUAAGAAUUCUAUCAAUAUGAGCAGCAAACGCAAGGCUCCAUCUGCUGAUAACAACCCUAAUGCUGCCAUCUGUGACAUGCUCAUUGAACUGGCAGAUUAUGAAAAGAAUGUGAAUCGGGAUAUGCACAGAUACAAUGCUUACCGGAAUGCAGCCAAUGCUGUGGCACAGCAUCCUACCCGCAUCACAAGUGGUAGUGAGGCUCGGCAGAUCAAAGGUGUUGGUGCCAAAAUUGCCCAGAAAAUAGAGGAGUUUCUCAAGACAGGCAAACUGGAGAAAUUAGAGAAGAUUCGAGCAGAUGACACCAAUGUUGCCAUCAAUCUUCUGACUCGUGUGUCAGGGAUAGGCCCAGCCAAAGCCAGGGAGUUGGUGGAGCAAGGCAUUACUACUAUAGAGGAUCUUCACAAGAAUCAAGAUAAACUUAACCAUCACCAGCAAAUUGGGCUCAAAUACUUUGAAGAGUUUGAGAAAAGGAUACCAAGAGAUGAGAUGGAAAAGAUUGAGGAACAGCUGAAGAGUCACAUCACCUCACUUGAUUCUGAAUAUGUGGUCACCAUCUGUGGAAGCUACAGAAGAGGAGCAUCAAGCAGUGGAGAUGUAGAUGCCCUGCUCACACACCCAUCCUAUACCUCAGAAUCCAGCAAGUCGCCCAAAAACCUGCAUCAUGUGGUGGAUGAAUUGAAAAAGAAACAGCUUGUUACUGAUGUUCUUUCCUUGGGAGAUACAAAGUUCAUGGGUGUUUGUCUCUUGAAGAAGGAACUGACUCACAGGCGGCUGGACAUUCGGUUGUUGCCCAAGGACCAGUAUUUCUGUGGAGUUCUGUACUUUACUGGUUCUGAUAUGUUCAACAAAAAUAUGCGGGCUCAUGCACUAGAGCAAGGCUUCACACUCAAUGAGUAUUGCAUCAGACCACUGGGAAGCACAGGUGUGCCUGGCGAGGCUCUGCCUGUGACCUGUGAGGAAGACAUCUUUGACUAUAUUAACUACACAUACAGAGAACCUCAACAGCGAAAUAUGUAAUGUUAGCUCAUGCCAUGAUGGAUGCAUUGCUUGGAAGAGGAUGUGUGCAUCAUGAUGGAAGAAACGACAGAUUCUAACUCCUUAAGUGGUUGUAUUUCAGUAAUUACAUCUGAAUGAGAUUACAGCUUCUGAUUUUCUUCCCAUGUAAUAAGGGAAUAUUUUUAUGAAAGUCUGCAAUUUGGAUUUUUCUGAGAACUCUUUGUAGAUAACCAUCUGUUAGUUAAACAGUAUUACCAUUUAUCACAGUUCUGUAAUCUUUAUUAUAAUAAUUAUCAACAAAUUAUUGUAUGUCAUCAUUUAACUUUUUCAUGUAAAGCUGAAAAAAUAAUGCCCUGGAGAGGAUUGUAUACUUAUUUCAUAUUAUUUUUGCACAAGAUAGUGUGAGUCUGUAUGAUGAUAUAUUAAGGAGAAUACCCUUUCUGUCAUGUGCUAUAAGUAUAUCUUGAUAUUGCUUGAUUAUACUGCAUAUUUUUAAAGUAUCCAACUAUCUUUUAUCACCUAUUAUCAUGAAAAUGUAUGUGUGUGUGUGUGUGUGUGUGUGUGUGUGUGUGUGUGUGUGUAAUUCACCACAGUCACCUGCUGGUCACCCAGCCAGUCUUUCCCAUUACGGAGCAAGCUCAGAGCUCAUACACCGAUCUUCGGGUAGGACUGAGACCACAACACACUCCACACACCAGGAAAGCAAGGCCACAAUCCCUCGAGUUACAUCCUGUACCUAUUUACUGCUAGGUGAACAGGAGCUACACAUUAACAGGCUUGCCCAUUUGCCUCGCUGCUUUCCGGGAUUUGGACCCGGCCCCUCUCGGUUGUGAGCCAAGCAUGCUAACCACUACACUAUGCGGUGUGUGUGUGUGUGUGUUAUAAUGCUCUAUAUUUUGUAAAUAAAGAACAAUGAUGGUGAAUUAGAGUCUAGUCUUGUCUUCUCUGAUAGUGAUAAAGGAAAAGACAUCAAGCAUACUUGUAUCUUGAAAACUUAUGAAACACCGUUCCAUUGAAGGGUAUGAUCAUGUAUGUGAUGCUCCUUCAUUUCUUACUGGUUAGCUGAAUAUGUUUGCAUACUUGAUUCUCAAAAUGGUUAAUACUUUUAGGAAUAUCUUGACUGUUUAACAAUCACAGGAGAGUUAAUUUGACUUUGUAGUAUAACAUGUAAUGACCAUAGCCAUAAAUACUAAAUUUAUUAAUACUUUAAGUAGAUGCAAGUUUUAUGGAUAAUAUAAAGUCAAUAAGAGUAUUGUAUGCAAGGGUUUAACAUAUUAUAAUGUAAUAUCAAAGAAUCAAAUAAAUCCUCAUCAAUAGAU